GGUGGGCGAUUUAUAUACAGAAAGAGUACUCUCUACGAUACAGUAGUUCAACUACUUCACGUGGUUUUGCUGUGUCGAUCACUGGCUCGAAGAUAGCGAAGACAGAUUCGUGCGUGUUGUGAUCAGUGAUACGUUUCUUUCUCUUUUUUUCUUUACCGAGUGCUAGUCUCUCGUGAAGAGAAAUCGCGAAGUGUGAUUACGCUCUGAGGGGAAACGCAAUACUUUACGAGAGGACGAACCACCUCGAGGAGAUGAGGAAUCACUACGACGAGGAAAACAGUCCGGAGACCAACCCGGAGGAGGACAACAUUGUCGUCGACCAGAAUGCCCCGAGUACGUCGCGUAGCACUUACGUCGACAUUGAUAAUCCACAACCGUCGACCUCGCGUCAGAAUCCGCCCCCGCCUCAGCAGUCUCAACAGCAGUCGGUCCCCCCUAUGGAUCCUAACGUCAGGCGAUACCGGACCGCUUUUUCAAGGGACCAGCUAACUCGUCUAGAACGCGAGUUUUCAAGGGAGAAUUAUGUCAGUCGCCCGCGAAGGUGCGAGUUGGCCUCACAGCUUAAUUUGCCGGAGUCUACGAUAAAGGUAUGGUUUCAAAAUCGACGCAUGAAAGACAAGAGGCAGCGGCUGUCCAUGGCGUGGCCCUUCGGGAUGUAUCCGUGUCCGGAUCCGAGAACGAUAGCGGAACUGAUUAGAAUAUCCGGUUGCACCGGUUACUUUCCGGCAGUGCCCUACGCGAACCCAAUCUUGCCCCCGCCGGAUAGCCGCAUACCGGCGACGAGGCACUUGUCCCCGUCGGCGAUGUCGUUCCAGGACCCGACCAUGAGCUCCUACUACGGCGACUACAGGACUCCCUUGAGCUUCCGAUCGCCUCUGCGACCGGCGCAUUUGUACGGCUCGCCCCCGCAUCUGCCGCAUCUCACGAACUCGUCGAACUCGCCGUCCCUGCAGGUCCUGAACAUGCCGAACCUCGCUAACUCCUGCUUCCCUACCGCCAACAACCGGCUGCCUUCAAUCAUGUCGCUGCAAGUGCUACCGGAGGAACAUAGCCCGAUCUCCGAGACGUCGAUCUCACCACCUCAACUUGACAACAACAACGUCGCGACCAAUCAGUUGUUGCAUCAGUCACCGCCGCAUCCGUACUCGGCCCGGCAAUCGCCGCCGCGCCCGCAUCCAUAUCUCCUUACGCACCGUCCUCCUAUCUUGAACACACCUGCGACCGUGACGUCGACGUCGGCGUCGCAGCAGCCGCCGCAGCAGACAAGACUGAACGGCAUGAGCGUACCGGUCGUUACGGUCCAGCCGUAUGCGAACAACGCGAGCACCUCGUACAAUCACGUGACGGUUCCCUCGACAUCGUCCUCGUCGCCGCCAUUGAACAAGCCUGAGCAGCAGCAGCAACAGCAGCAGCCGCAACAGCAGCAGCCCAAGCUGUUCCAACCGUACAAGAACGACACGACAGAGAACAAGCCGGAUCAAAACGGUACGAUAUAAAAUAAAACAACGGUGAGAUAUCGCAUAUCUCGCCGCUUUGGCUGUGACAACGAUCGCAAUGACCGAUCGGCCAUAAUUGCGAUUGCGUAUUAUAUGUCCGCAUAUACACGUGCGCCUGCAUCCACACGCUCCCCUUUUUCGAAUUAUUCAUCCCCAUACGUUAUACAUUACAAAUUAUUUACAUUAUUUACGCCCGCUAUGAGAAAUAUAAAUGUACAUUCAAGAUAAUUAUUUUUUUAUUCAGUUUUCUCGGUAACAGUUUAACGUCUGUUAAAGCGAUAAUUAGGGGUGAGCGCGUGUGUGUGUCAGGUAAUCAAUGUCAUCCGUUCAACAGAUUCUGUCUCGAGACUCACGCGUCACAAGUUUCAAAUAGCUCUUGUGUCUUAGAGUUCUUAGACCUCUGACUGCGCAUACAUCUCCGUGAUUCCGGAUUUGCACGUCUGUACAAUCGAAUUUUCAUUACGCCACUCGUUGAAAUAUCGUGAUAUGACGUGACGUAAUAACAUGUAUAUACGUGAUAUUCAUUACCUUCUACAAAGAUAGAUUAAUUUAUUUGAAAACAUACAUUCGUAAAUUUAUUAAAAUGAGAUGAAUGUGUGUAUAUAAGAUAAGUGCUAGAUCACAAAUUUUUUAUUAGAGUAAAAGUUAUAAAGUUUUUUAAUUUAAAAAAAUUAAAAACAAAAAAA